ACCUCCCUUAGUUAAGAAUUUGCCAUGUAAAGAAAAUGUGUGUAGUUAUUUUUAUCAGAAAAAAAGUAUUGCAAAUUUGGUUGUAAUUAGUUGUUGACAUGUACAAGAAAGUUGUGAGUAAAGGGUGCCUGGACUUCUGUUAUAUGAAAGUCAGAUUGGACUUUGAGGAGGGCACACACGCACACAUCGACAUUGUAGCAUUCAAACAGAUAAUCCUAGAGGCAGCUCAAUCCAUGUUUGGACUGGCUCUGUCAUGCAGUUUGAUAGAUGUAUUGAUCUAUGAGAAGUCUUCACGGACAGCUGUCUUGAGAAUACCAAAUAUCAACCUCUCCAAAAUCUGGUCAGCCCUCUCUCUUUACAGUAACAUGAAUGGACUGUCGUGCGCCUUUCGCAUCCUUCAGAUCUCUCCCCAUCUGAUGGCAUUGUCUGGGAACAGUCGCUUAAUGUCUUUGGAAGUGGUUGAGCAUUGAAGAAGUUAUCUGGGUCUGACUUCAUUUCAGUGCACUAAUUGAAUGAAGGAUGAUACUGUUAGCAUGUAAAUAUGCAACUAAAUAACCAUACAAAUGAAGUUAUUUCAAAACGUUGCUGAUAGUUGGUAGUAUUUCUGACAUAGUACUAGUGCAAUGGCUUUAUAAUAAGGAUGUGUAUGGGCAAGUUAUACAAUAUGUUUCCAUAUACUUGUGAAGAAAACAGGUUUACAUCAUAUUCAGUUUAAACAAAUUAAAUUUGAAGUUGUUCCAUAAGGCGUAUUCAAGAUUCCUUAACGAAGGCUUAAAUUUAAUUUGAACAAAAUCUAUGGAGAGACUAAAGUCAGCUGUUAGGAAAUAUCUUGGCAAAAAAGUUAAUGCUGCAGUUUUGUAUUAUUAUUUAUCAGCAGUUGAUAAAGGCUUGAAGCCAGCAUAUUUGUAUGAUGUUGGUACGGUAUCCAUCCCUGGAGUAUUAAAACUUUUAUCUGAUUUAAAAGAACACAGAUUGAUAAUUAAUAAUUUCAAUGUUAUUGAGUUAGGAA